AUUUAUAAAAUCACGAGGUUCGAACUCAUCAUCACAUAUUUCCAAUCAGACAUCACGCAGUCGAACACGAUCGAAUUCCAUGGCAGGUAUCAGAAUUCCGAGGGAAAAAUAAAUUAGAAUAAUAAUUAGAAGAAAUGCUGACGCAAUUCGGCGCGACGGCGGAGUCGCUGAGCAAGGCGUCGACGAUGGUGUUCCGGAUCGGCACCGACGCACACCUCUACGACGAUCCCGAUGACGUCAGCAUCGUGCCGCUCCUCGACAGUAAGUUCGAGUCCGAGAAAUGCGAGGCGCUCAAGCGCCUGCUCGCGCUCAUAGCUCAGGGCUUCGAUGUCUCCAAUUACUUCCCUCAGGUGGUGAAAAACGUGGCGUCUCAAUCGGUGGAAGUUAAGAAGCUGGUGUACCUGUACUUGCUGCAUUACGCUGAAAAGCGACCGAGCGAAGCACUGUUGUCAAUCAACUAUUUUCAGAAGGAUUUGGGGGAUCCGAAUCCGCUGGUGAGAGCAUGGGCGCUCCGUACCAUGGCAGGGAUUCGCCUGCAUGUUAUUGCGCCCCUUGUUUUGGUGGCUGUGGGAAAAUGUGCGCGAGAUCCAUCUGUAUAUGUUAGAAAGUGCGCUGCAGUUGCGCUUCCAAAGUUGCAUGAUCUGCGCUUGGAAGAACACACGGGUGCAAUUGAAGAGAUUGUCGGAAUGUUGUUGAAGGACAACUCUCCUGGAGUAGUUGGCGCUGCUGCUUCGGCUUUUGCUUCUAUAUGUCCCAAUAACUUCUCUCUGAUUGGAAGAAAUUACAAAAGAUUGUGUGAGAUUCUUCCUGAUGUGGAAGAAUGGGGUCAGAUUGUCUUGAUCGGGAUUCUCUUAAGAUAUGCAAUUGCAAAACAUGGGCUAGUUAGGGAAUCCCUAAUGCUGUCUUCUAAUGAUCUGGAAAAUCAGAGUGUGGAGGAGGAUGAUCCAGAACCUCAUCUUAUGGUAAGAAAACCCUUAGGCGGUGCCGGCUUUGACAUAUGUUCUGAGAUUGCAGAUAUAGUCGCUAGGAGUUACCUUGAAGGACCGGAUAAGUAUUUAGCUCAGUUGGGGCAUGUAAAUCAAGAUUCCAUUGGAUUGGAUGAUUCAUGCAUUACAUCUGCAAAAAGCAAUGAUGAUGUGAAGAUCUUGUUGCAGUGUACAUCACCAUUAUUAUGGAGCUAUAAUAGUGCUGUUGUGUUGGCUGCUGCUGGGGUUCACUGGAUUAUGGCACCAAAGGAAGACAUUGGGAAGAUUGUUAAGCCUUUGCUAUUUCUGUUGAGAUCAUCAAGCUCCUCAAAAUAUGUGGUCCUUUGCAACAUUCAGGUCUUUGCCAAAGCAAUGCCAUCUAUUUUUUCUCCUUAUUACGAAGAUUUCUUCAUCAGCUCUUCGGAUUCAUAUCGAACAAAAACUUUGAAGCUUGACAUACUUUCCACUAUAGCUACAAAGACUUCAAUUUCCUCUAUAUUUCUGGAGUUUCAGGAUCAUGUUAGAGAUCCGGAUCGGAGGUUUGCUGCUGAUACUGUUGCUGCAAUUGGUUUAUGUGCACAAAAACUCCCUGAUGUCUCCAACACAUGUUUGGAAGCGCUAUUAUUUCUGGCUUUGUCAGAAUCUUCUAACAGUGCUGCGGCAUUGAUGGGUGAAGAAGAAAUUUUAUUAGUUCAAGUAAUCAAGUCUAUCAUGGCAAUCAUAAAACAAGAUCCUCACAGUCAUGAGAUAGUUAUUGUUCAUUUGGUGCGAAGUUUGGAUUCAAUGUCUGCACCUGCAGCACGUGCAAUGGUCAUAUGGAUGCUGGGUGAAUACUGCAACAUUGGAAACCUCAUGUCUAAGAUGAUACCGACAAUAUUUAAGUACCUUGCUCAACGCUUUCGCUCAGAAUCAGUUGAAACAAAGCUGCAGAUUGUUAAUGCUUGUGUCAAGGUCCUACUACAUGCCAAAGUGGAAGAUAUGUCUGAACUGCGAUUAGCCAUAAGUUAUGUUCUUGAACUAGCCAAAUGUGACUUGAAUUAUGAUGUUCGUGACCGUGCUCGUGUUCUGAAGAAUUUUUUGUCACACUGCAAGGGGUUCAAUUAUUUGGAAGUAGAGAACCAAACCGAGUUCAAUGAUCUAACAUAUGUAUUUGCUGAUUACAUAUAUGGGGGAACCAAAAAAGUGCCAUCCGAAUCAUUUAGUUAUCGGUUUUAUCUUCCUGGUUCUCUUUCACAGAUAGUACUUCAUGCAGCUCCAGGAUAUGAACCUCUCCCAGAACCUUGUAGUUUUGCAGAUGAUGAGACCGGUCAUUCCCCGACUGAUGUGCAUUACGAUCACGAAUCAAAUGAAAUUGAUGAUUCUGAUGCCAUGUCAGGUUCUCUGGAUGAAGAGAACACUUCUGAUUACAGUUCUGGUUCUGUUUCUGGUGGUGGUGGUGCCAGGUAUUAUAGUGCAUCAGAUAGUGGGGAAGAUGAAGAAGCUGGUACAUUAAUUCACCUUUCAGAUGAUGCUCCUGAUUCUAGAGAUCGUGUCGGAGUCUCAGUAGAGAAUGCUUCGUCUGGAUUGAUGGAUGCGGGUGAAUUAAUGUCCAAAAGAGCUCUUGAGUCUUGGUUGAAUGAGAAUUCGGGUUCGGGCCAGAAUUCAUCCAAUCUGGGUCAUGUUCAGAGAUCAUCGGCCAGAAUCUCAAUUAAGGACAUUGGUCAGCUAGUUAAACCUAAGUCAUACACACUUCUAGAUCCUUCGAAUGGGAAUGGGUUAAGUGUAAUUUAUAGAUAUUCUUCUGAGGUGUCAAAAGUAUCAUCUCCAGAACUGGCAUGCAUACAGGUUUCUUUUAGGAACAAUUCAGAAGAGCCUAUGUCCGAUAUAUUCCUUUCUGAAGAGAAAUCUAACCCAAGUCCAGAUUCUUCAGAGAAAUCCAGUUCACCGAGUGAAAGUGUAUCGGUGUCUCACGGUGAAGUGGCAACACUAUUUCCCAUGGAAGAGAUAGGCGUACUCAAUCCUGGUCAAACAACAGAUAGAGUUCUCCAGGUCCGCUUCGAACAUCAUCUGUUGCCUUUGAAGCUGGUUUUAUCAUGCGAUGGCAGAAAGCAACAAGUGAAGUUACGACCCGAUAUUGGUUACUUUAUUAAACCUCUGCCGAUGGAUAGUGAAUCAUUUUUAAAGAAGCAAUCUCAACUUCCUGGGAUGUUUGAAAAUAUAAGGAGGUGCACAUUUUCAGAGCAUAUAAGCCAGCGGAAUGAUAAAGACGAACCUCCACAGAAAGACAUUUUUCUGAUGAUAUGUGAGACGUUGGCACUGAAAAUGCUUAGCAACGCAAAUUUGUAUCUCGUGUCCGUGGACAUGCCUGUUGCCGCCAAGCUUGAUGAUCUAUCUGGUAUAUGCCUACGGUUAAGUGGUGAGAUCUUGCACAAUUCUAUCCCUUGUUUAGUCACUCUUACUUUGAAAGGAACUUGUGCCGAACCACUCGAAGUAUCGGUAAAAAUGAACUGUGAAGAGACUGUAUUUGGUCUGAAUCUGUUAAAUAGGAUUGUAAAUUUCUUGGCAGAGCCAACACAGUGAUGGUACAAUUUUGGAUAAAAAACUGAGCUGUGCUUUAAUUUUUUUUUUUGGCACAUACAUUUUUCUAGCUUUGAUUAAUCUGUUUUGCCUUUUGCAAUGUGAAACAGUCUCUUAAAAAUUAAUUUUCUGGCA